UAUUUCCGGGAUCGAUGCAAAGCGCUCAGACGGCGUGAAUGUCUUCCCGGUGUCGCGACAUCUCUCCCACGCAACGCCCACGGACACGCAGGACAAGACACUCGCGGCGGCGGACCGACUCUGCCGAGCCGCCAUGCUCACUCGGGUGAAAUCUGCCGUGGCCACCUUCAUGGGAGGUGUGAUAGCCGGCGGCGGCGGAGCAGGAGGCGACCACUCCACCGGGUCGGAGGUGGCUCCAAAAUUCCCGUACGGUAGACCGGAGUUCCUGGGACUGUCGCCGGAUGAGGUGGAGUGCUCGGCGGAUCAUUCCGCUCGGCCUAUCGUCAUCCUGAAGGAGAGCAAGAGGCUGCCCUGGUCCACUGGCUAUGCGGAGGUGAUCAAUGCAGGAAAGAGCACUUUAAAUGAGGAUCAGGCCUGCUGCGACGUGCUGGUGGUCAAGAGAAGACUGCCAGGAAGCUCUGCAAUGUCCAGUUGGGGCCCCAAGGCUCGGAGGAGGUCUUCCCUACCCAACGGAGAGGUUUUGGGCCUCAGAGAAAGCCUGGCCAACAAUGACGACCUGGCCUUCCACUACUGGGGGCUUUUCGACGGUCACGCCGGCUGCGGGGCGGCCGUGGUGGCGUCGCGUCUCCUCCAUCACCACAUCGCGCUGCACCUUCAGGAGGUGAUGGAAAUCCUGUGCACGCCCGACCUCCAGCCACCCACCUGCCUGAGUGAGGAGCCCGUCCGCUGGCAACACCAGCACCUGAAUCCCAACCAUCGUGCCCUCUCCAGGGCCGUGUCGCUACGCGGGGCCGCAGGUGCCCCCGGGUCCCCGGGUGUGCCGCCCACGCGCUUCUUUGCCGAGAAGAAAGUGUCGCACGAGAGCCUGGUAGUCGGCGCCAUUGAGAAUGCGUUCAAAGACAUGGAUGUACAAAUAGAAAAGGAGCGAGCUGUCUACAACACAUCCGGAGGCUGCACAGCUCUGGUGGUGCUCUGCCUGCUCGGGAAGCUCUACGUGGGCAACGCUGGCGAUAGCAGAGCUAUCAUCAUCCGGGGAGGCGAGGUCAUCCCAAUGUCAAGAGAGUUCACACCAGAGUCAGAGAGGCGGCGACUGCAGUUCCUGGCCUACAUGCAGCCCCACUUAUUAGGAAAUGAGUUUACACAUUUGGAAUUCCCGAGGAGAGUGCAGAGGAAGGAGGUUGGGAAGAGGAUGCUGUACCGGGACUUCACCAUGUCAGGAUGGGCUUAUAAAACCAUUGAGGACAACGACCUGAAGUUUCCUCUCAUCUACGGCGAAGGGAAAAAGGCUCGGGUGCUAGCGACAAUCGGCGUCACCAGAGGUUUUGGCGACCACAAUCUCAAAGUACACGACUCCAACAUCUACAUCAAGCCUUUCCUCUCUUGCUGCCCUGAAGUCAACAUUUAUCCGCUGGGGCAGUACGAACACGACAUCGACGACGUUUUGGUCCUGGGAACCGACGGCUUAUGGGACGUACUCUGCAACCAGGAAGUGGCAGAGGCCGUCACCUGUUUCCUGGCCAACUGUGACCCUGACGACCAGCAUAGGUACAGCAUGGCCGCUCAAGACUUGGUGAUGAAGGCUCGCGGCGUUCUGAAGGACGGUGCCUGGAGGAUUUCCGGGGACAGACUGGGCUCCGGAGACGAUAUUUCCGUCUAUGUCAUCCCCCUCGUGCAUUGCAACGAGCUCUACUGAACUCAAAAUGUGGUGUGACCGCACGUGACUUGUUUUUUGCAGACACGUCUUCAGGAUUAACUUUUUAAUCGUUUCUUAGAAGCCAUUAUGCGAGAAUGUACAUGGACUUGCAUACACAAAGCACAACGGAACCUUGGAGGUCAAAAUGAUAUGUUCGGAUUUCAAAAUGCUAGGGCUUGAUCAGCUCUCCCAGUCAAAAUGGAUUGGCCAUCUAUUGCCUAUACUGCUGUUUUAAUGUCGUUUUACUAACAACCAUAGCACAUACUCAGAAAACUAAACAUACUUGGGCUGGAAGUGAACUGCUUGGGGGGGGGAAAAAGACAUGGCCACUGUAUAAUUUCUAUCAAACAAGACUGUUUGUGCAGGGUGGCCCCACCCAAAUUUGAAUAGGUGUCAUUUGUUUUCUUCAGAAAAAGACUGUAGUUAAUACUAGUUUUUUAAUACAGAAGCCAUUCACGCACGUGAAGACGUCACAUCGCUUCAAGCCUACGCGCGCCUUUUGAUGCUUGUAAAACAUACAGAGGAAAGGCCUGUAUGUAGCAUGUUUUAUAUUCUUUGUUGUGCGUUUUCACUCAUAAUCGGACACUUAAAGAGAGUUAUCUCGUCGUUUUGGGCGAUGUGCGGACGCUGGCUAAUGCAUGCUAUAGACUUCAUAAUGAUAUAUAUAUUUGGGCGUGGGGCCGAUUAAUAGGGGGCCUGCACUGUCGGCGUGGCCAUCAAAGCUGACAGUGGAAUCACAAAGCUUUUUUUUGUUUAAAAUUCUUGUGAAUAAAUUCUUAAUUAUCUGAAUUCUUUAUAGAUAUGGACCUAAAACAGUAUUUAUUCUUGGUUAAAAGCAAAAAAAAAAAAAAAAAAAGUGCAGUCAGCAUUUUUUAUUCGUAAAUAUGUCGAAGUACGAUGCUAAUCUGUUAGUCAAUGUGGCAGCCGCCAUGUGUAAACAGGUUUUUACGUUAAAAUUCUUGUGAAUAAAUGCUUAAAUUCCCAAAUUCUUUAUAGAUAUGAACGUAAAACAGUCUCGAUUUGAUGUUAAAAGAGCAACAACAAAAAAAGGACAGCAGUUAUUUUACGUUUGUGUAAAUAUGUCAAAGUACGAUGCUAGUCUGUUCGUCAAUGUGGCAGCCGCCAUGUGUAAACAGAUUUUUACGUUAAAAUUCUUGUGAAUAAAUGCUUAAAUCCCCAAAUUCUUUAUAGAUAUGAACGUAAAACAGUCUCGAUUUGAUGUUAAAAGAGCAACAACAAAAAAAGGACAGCAGUUAUUUUACGUUUGUGUAAAUAUGUCAAAGUACGAUGCUAGUCUGUUCGUCAAUGUGGCAGCCGCCAUGUGUAAACAGAUUUUUACGUUAAAAUUCUUGUGAAUAAAUGCUUAAAUCCCCAAAUUCUUUAUAGAUAUGAACGUCAAAGUCUCGAUUUGAUGUUAAAUGAGCAAAAAAAAAAAAAAAAAAAAGGACAGCAGUUAUUUUACGUUGGUGUAAAUAUGUCGAAGAAUGCUGCUAGCCUGUUAGACAAUGUGGCGGCAGCCUUAAAACAGCUUUUUACGCUGAAAAUUCUUGUGAAUAAAUUAUAAAAUCCCUGAAUUGUUUAUAGAUAUGGACAUAAAACAGUCUUGAUUCUUGGUUAACAGCAAAAAAAAAAAAAAAAAAAAAGUGCAGUUAGCAUUUAUUUUACGUAAAUGUCGAGUACGAUGUUAGUCUGUGAGUCAAUGUGGCGACAGCCAUAUGUAAACAAAGCUUUUUACGUUGAUAAAUUUUGUGAAAAAAAUGCUUAAAUCCCCAAAUUCUUUAUAGGUAUGAACGUAAAACCGCCUCGAUUCGAUGUUAAAAGAGCAAAAGACCGGGCAGUUGGCAUUUAUUUUACGUAAAUAUGUCAAAGAAUGAUGCUAGGCUGUUAGACAAUGUGGCGGCAGCCUUACAACAAAGGGUUUUUUACGUUGAAAAUUCUUGUGAAAAAAUAUUAAAAAUAUAAUCAUUUCCUUGAAUGCUCGAACAAAUCACUCCUGAGACAAUCCUUCCUGUUUGUAUGCGGUAUAGCAUUCAUACUUUUUCAACCUAGAUCCGGUGUUGGAUUGCUACAUGUAUCGCUGCGACAGACUGCGAAUAACUAAAGUGGAUUGUAGGAUGGCCUCCUACUUGAAGGUGUGGCGCAGUGAAAGUCGAAUCUGACCUGUCAAUAUCAUUAUGAAGUCUAUGUGUAUGCUGACCGUUUGUAUAGUUGCUAUUGCUUUAUUAGCAGUUGAUUAUGAUUUUAGGUUUAUGUUGCGGUGAAUGUCAUUGAGGAUGAGACUAGGGCUGCAGCUAUCGAUUAUUUUAGUAGUCGAUUAAUCGAUCAACUUGUUAUUUCGAGUAAUCGGGAGAUGAAAAACAAUGGCUGGCUAGGAUGGCACUUCCAAAAGAACAUUAAAUGUAAAUACAAAAUUUCAAGGUGUUCCUUCAAACUAUGCAGAAUUGCACUUUCAUUUAAAAAUAAAAUACCUGAGCUUUGCCUCAAACUGUAUUAAAAGUUAAAUAAGGACCUAAGUACAACACAAGAACAAUUGGCUAACUUGCAUAGCAAACGUCUGCUAUCCUAAAUGGUAUAAAAUGUUUUUUUUUUUUUUUUUUUUUCAACAAAUCGUUAAAACACAUUCCCACAAAACAACACCUAUAAACUAAAUUACGAAUGCAUUAACAAAACUUGGCUCAAACAAAAACUUACCUUGUGUCAGUCUUAACAGGGAGCAGUUGGAUUUGCCCAUGUUAAAUGAGUCAUGUCAUAUUCACUGUUGCAACAAGAGGGCAGUGUAUCCACUAAAAUCAAAACUAAAUGCAAACACUUUCAAACCAUUAUAACUAGGGUUGUUCCGAUCAUGUUUUUUUGCUCCCGAUCCAGUCGUUUUAGUUUGAGUAUCUGCCGAUCCAGAUAUUGCAUUUUUUUUGCUCCUGAUUCAAUUCCAAUCAUUCCCGAUAAUUUUUCCCGAUCAUAUACAUUUUGGCAAUGCAUUAGAAAAAAAUGAAUAAAACUCGGACCAAUAUAUACAUUCAACAUACAGUACAUAAGUACUGUAUUUGUUCAUGACAAUAAUCCUCAAGAUGGCAUUUACAUUAUUAACAUUCUUUCUGUGAGAGGGAUCCACAGAUAGACUUGUAAUACUUAAAGGAUAAAUGUGACUUUGUGUAUUGUGACUAAAUAUUGCUAUCUAGUGUAUUUGUUGAGCUUUCAGUAAAUGAUACUGUAGCCAUUUAAGUUCUGCCCAAAUGCAUGAUGGGAAGUGCAACCAUGACUGUGCGUAGUGGUACCAAUUGAUAUAUCUUCUCUGCGUUGGGAAAUAACAUAUGGUGUUUAGAAAAAGAUCAAUUACUACCUUUCUUCCCCACAUUGCUUACCACAAUAUUUCUAAUCGUAGGGAGAGGGAUUGUAAGGCUUUAGCCAAUUAAAAAAAGGCUCCAAAGGCUGCCAAAAUUCACUCUACUCAUUUUACGCUGCCUUUUAGCUCUCUAUAUAUACAUAUAUAUAUAUAGGUAAAACGGCGCCAUUACAGAUUGAACGCGACAAUGCGUGAGUGGGUCGUGCAGCGCAUGCGUUAAUUGCGUUAAAUAUUUUAACGUGAUAAAUUUUUUAAAAAAUUAAUUACCACCGUUAACGGGAUAAAUUUGAUAACCCUACCUUAAGCCUAAACUAAAGACUCUGGAUGAGUGUAACAUAUUAUGUCUGUAACGUUAAAUACAAUUAGAAAACGAUUUAAUUAAAAUAUAUAUAUAUUAAAAAAAGGCAUGUCCGAUGUUUUUGCCAAUUCCGAUACUUUGAAAAUGACAUGAUCGGACCCGAUCGAUCGGGACAUUGCUAAUUAUAACACCACUCUAAUUAAACGUAGACUCAAAGCAGCACAAUUUGAUUCGAGGCAUUUUUCUAAUCGGAUUACUCGAGUUAAUCGUUACAGCACUGGAUGAGACCGAUUUAUUUCAUUUUCACUCCGCCUAGAUUGAGGUAAGGAGCUAUAAAGGAAGCAAAAAAACAGACUUCGGGCAUCUUUUCAGUUUAGCUCACUGUCCAACUUUGUGUGGACAAUACAAGUUUUUAAAAUUUUUCUGCGAGCGGGAAUUGCGUGUCUUUUAUAGUACAUAUUUUGUAAACUCAUAAUAUGCAGCAAUAAAAGCUUCGCAAAAUGAACUUUCCGUGUACCAAGGCUUUCGUUUCUAGAGGUACCACUAGAUAAAGUUCUAAAAGAAAUAGAAUACAGUAGUUAUAGCUUGUCAUUAUUUAUUCUGAGGAAGAAAAAAAAAGAUCAAGAAAUGAUGCCUAUCCAAAUUUGGGGCCUGGGUUUUUUUUUUUUUUUGGGUGGGGUCACUCUGUUGAAGGAACUGUGAAUAUUUUUUGUAAAAUGACUGUUUGUCAAACACUUUCAAUCUAAAAUUGUAUGUCAUGUAAAUAAUAGCCAUCUUUCUGUGAUUUUUGUACACCAUAUUUGUAAGGCAGUUUGUUUUUAUCCCCAGAAUUAAACAUAGUUACCAUGUCUAACC